ACACACACCACCGCCACCACCAUCAUCAAUCACAACACCCAACCAUGGCGUCUUCACUCUUCAUCCUUGCCCUCCUCCUCACCGUCGCUGCAACCAACGCGGCCACCAUCACGGUGGUGAACAAGUGCUCCUACACGGUGUGGCCAGCCGCCAUCCCGGUGGGAGGCGGGACCAAGCUCGAACCGGGCCAGUUGUCCACAAUCCAUCCACCCGCCGGAACAAAAUCUGGAAGGAUCUGGGCGCGUACGGGCUGCAAAUUCGACGCCAGCGGCAAGGGGUCCUGUACCACGGGAGACUGCGGCGGCGUGCUGGCCUGUCGUGCCGGCGGGAAGCCACCCGCCUCGCUCGCCGAGUACACUCUGGGGACAGGCAGCAAUGCUGACUUCUACGACAUCUCCCUCGUUGACGGAUUCAACGUGCCGAUGAGCUUCGGGCCCGUCGGCGGCAGCUGCCGCGCGGUCAGCUGCGCCGCGGACAUCAACGCAAAGUGCCCGUCGGAGCUGAAGGUGGACGGGGGCUGCAUGAGUGCCUGCGGCAAGUUCGGCACCGCACAGUACUGCUGCCCACCGCCGAGUACACCGUCGACUUGCGGGCCGACAAACUACUCGCGUUUCUUCAAGGGGCUCUGCCCAGACGCCUACAGCUAUGCCUACGACGACAAGACCAGCACCUUCACCUGCGCUAGCGGAACAAACUACCAACUGACCUUCUGCCCGUAGAUCCGUCAUCAUCAUCCAUAUGCAUAUGCAUGCUAGGAACUGAAUUUCUUCGAUGAAUAAGUCUGUACUUGACGGAACUAGAAAUAGAACGAAUGAAUGAAGGAAUGAAGUAGUUUCCCAAA